GCACAUGAUAUAUAUACUAGGAAUCGCUUCAAUCUGUAACAGUACACACUGUCAUUUGCAUCUGUAAAAAAAACAUCACAAUCCAAUCUGAUAACCAUAGGCACAAUGCGCCUCUGAACUAGUUGCUGUGAAAAAUAGAAACUAAAUAGUAUAAGUUUAGUCGAAUUCUAUCAGUAGUAGCGGAAAUCAUACCCCACACUCAAAUCAACCAAUGACCAAUGGCCAAGAUUAGAAAUGUGUUCAAAAAACAUCUCAUUCCGAACCUGGAAAGCAAGUGUCGACUAUGCCUAUCGGACAAAGCAAUCGCACAGUCUAUCUUCGAAUGCGACAACAAGGAAACGACCGAUACCCUCGUGGACAAAAUUUACGAGUGCACUGCAAUUAUGCUUUCCAAGGACUUCGACUUCCCCUCACUGAUUUGCAAGGAUUGUGCGCUCAAGUUGGACGAGUUUCUGCUGUUCAGGGCGAAGUGUUUGCGUAGUAAUGAAAUUUAUAGGUUCAACAAGUUGCAUAAAUCAAGACCAUUUAAUGAUGCUAAUAAACUGAAGGCAACGAGUAAUGACAACAAUGCGUCGGAGAUAAAUCAACAAAAACAUACAGAUCAAGAUCUGCCCGAUAAAGGAGGCUACAAGCAAUCAGUAGAACCUAACGUGGACCAAACUGAAAAAGAUGUGAUAGUCACUAGCAGUAGUAGUGACGGAGCAAACGUUACCGUUAUUAGUAACAUUGAACUGACAGACACUGUGAACAUUCCCGUUAAACAGGAUGUGGGAGACGAACAGUUAUCCGAAUGCAACGGAAAGCAUCAGGAUAACAGCGAUAUCAGCAACGCGAAAACGAUGGAUUUGACUAUUACAGAUGAUACGGAAAGUGCAACAAUGAGCGAGCCAUUGCUGACGAAGCAUACGCAUAAGCCUAUUGUGAUAACGACUGCAAUCGAGGGUAUGCGAUUUCCGUUGGAAACUAUUGAAGAGUUGGACUGCCUGGAACGCCGUAUUCGAACGUGUACCGUUACCAGAGAGAAAUUCAUUACACUGCUGAAGUCGUUGAAAACGCACGAUACCUCACUGAGCGAUACAUAUCAACGCCUGUUUACCGAUGCGCUUAUGAUUCAUUACAAUUACGACGGUAUAUCUCCCAAGUACAAUAAGCGGUCGCUCAAGAGUCUUUCCAUUUUCAAUGAUUGUAUGCCAGCCGCCUGGAACGACCACAUGGACGCCAACAUGGUACGCGAUGCAAUUAUUGAUGCUGUGAAGAAAUCGCACAACCGCUACAACCAAUGCAGUCAUCGCAAACGGGCAAGGUAACAAUAUUUUAAAUUCAAGCAAAGCAUAUAUAAUCUACACAAUACUAUCUGUUACUUUCUGUCUUCUAGCUACGAAUGGUUAUAGCUGAUGAUAUUACACUAAUAUCAAACAAAACCGCUCUGCUCAGAAAAUAUCCCAAAAUAACCAAUAGAUCGUGUAAUUCGCCAUUGUUACCACAUAGUGCUACUUUCGAACUAUAUUACGUUUUGGUGAGAUAUAGUGUUCUGGACUAUUGGUUACACGAAUCUUAGUAAUUGCUAGAAGCAAUCAGUAUUAAGUGAUCUGUUAUCGAACGAUAGAUAUUUUUUUUAUGAAAAUGAUACAAACUGUUAAUCUACAUAUAGUAUGGAUUAAGCAAUGUCCAUGCGAACGACUAAUGGAACAAGCAACGACACAGUAGUAUCAUUAUAAACAUUCACAAUUUUAGAAACAAAAAAAGCAAUUUUAUAAGAUAGCUAACACAGAGAUUUAUUAUAAUAAAAGAAUGACACGUUCCGCUAAGGUGAAAUCCGGUAAUGUUUUCAGCACAUUAUAGCGCAAUAAUAUUUUAUAAAUAACGUGUUCCAAAUAGGGUAUCCAAUUUAAAAUAUCUCAAGUUGUAUUAAUGUUAAUUAUUCAUUCAAAAUUCUAUAGACAUAGAUAGAUAUAUUAAAUAGUUCUAAAUUAUUUACUGCUAAUGAUUUGUAUCAAAACGAAUCAGAGAACAUUUUUAAACAAGUCUCGCGUGAUAAGUGUGACUGCCUUCCAUCUCAGUGGGCAUGGGUUUGAUCCCAGUCAGCGCCGUCAGCCUUUUUAAGGCGAAAAAUGUGUGACCGCGCUUUCUCUCGGUAGAGACGGUAGGUAGGUCCCGGCCUCACGUGAGUUCAGGACUCAGGUGUGGAAUUCGUCUCUCUGGCGUCGGUAGUUGUCACUCGUGAGGAAAAUAGGCUGACGGUAAUAAAUAUAAAAAAAAUGUAAUGGUAAAUAUAACACCGAAGAUAAACAGACGAAACACUUGGGAUACACAUCGAAAUUAAAUACCUAA